AUGGCUCUCACAAAAUUGGAACUAGAAGACUCUGACGACUCCUCAACGGAGACUUCGUCCUCCAAAUGUCAGGGUGUGCACGAUGACUUGGUGAUUCGUGAACUCUUGAUGAAUGGAUUGAAUCUGUCUCGAGUGAUUGGAAUCUACAAGGGCAGAUUGCCAGAAGAGGACAUCGUGGCAAUUGCACGAAAAGUAUUGAUUGAGAUUGGAUCCAAACGAGACCAAGAAGGCCAAGGUGACGCUGAUGAUUCGGAAGGAGGCGCUGGAAAUGGAAAAAUCAAUAGAAACCAGCAUUUCUGUGCUAUUGGGAUUGAUAUUCUUCGCCGUUCACCUUGCGAUCUGUUGAUGGGAUCAGAACUUUUGAAGCAUCACAUCACUAACCUAUCACAAAGUGCUCCCGAAGACUUUUUCGAUCCCAUCUCUUCAGACAUCAUGCGUGAUCCGGUGGUCAUUUCGUCCGGAUUUAUCGUGGAUCGAAGCACUGCCAUCGAGGAAGGUUCCGGGAACCUUAAGUUUGCUACCUGCCCAUGGUCACGAGUGGAACUGGAUCCCAAAGUUUAUCCUGCUUUGCGAUUGAAGCAGCAGAUGACAGAAUUCAAGUCAGGUCGGGUUGGUGAAAUUAUUGAAACUGCAUCUCUUUUGAUGAACACCAAGAAUGAGCGCGACUUUUGCAAGGUCAUCGAGCUGGCACAGGAGUUUAUGAACGACAUUGGGCCCAAAGGUCACCGGACCCUUGCUAUGCAAUUGGCGCAGUUGGGUCUUGGUGCGUUGGAUAAGCAACCUUGUUCUGACACUGGAUUAUGUAUCCUUCAGCCCUCUUUGUUGACCAAACAAUUGUUGACGUUGUAUGCCGUAAAACCGGAAAAUCUGAUGGAAGCCUACCUCCCUGGAAAGGUUCUUCAGAUAUGCAAGAUGGCACAAAAGGCAAUUGAUACACAUCAGUUUGAUGAAGCUGAAAAGUGGCUUGCCUGCUGCACCGAGCUCCAGGAUCAGUGUCAGGAUAUGCUGGCUGGUGACAAGGAAAUACCUGUCGCUGAAAUGUAUUUGAAUCUUGCCAAGAAACGUGGAGAUGACAACUUGGUACCAUUCCAAAGAAGAGUGUAUCUAGGGUUCCUUCGCAACGGUAAGGCCGUCGCUGCGCAGCAGUUUUUGGAGGAGGAAGGUAUUUCUGCGGUUGAGUUGCGAGAUCUUUCGCCAUGCUUUUUUGGAAGGGGUACCCUUUCAAGCUCUAUUAGCAACGACCGAUGGAACGAAGGCUGCCGAAGCUCGGCUCUAGAAGGCGAAGUAUCACGCGUCUUUGUCACCGCCGACAACUUGCGGGACCAAGGGUGGGGAAAUGCAAAGGGUUCUUUAGCACUGGCUUUGUACAGCUCCAAUGAUGAAUUGAUUGCUCGGUGCAAUCUCUUUGGGACUUACCGGACCGAACCAUAUGAAUCAAAAUACCCCGGUGCCUUUGCCUACCGACUUUUGGAAUCGGAUCAAGAAGUUGUUUCAAAAUGCACACCUGGGUGCUACUACAAGUUCGAGUUCAUUGUAGGAGGUGGAGGAGGCCAUAGAUUAGAGCUUGACUCUUUCAUAUGCAAGAUUUUCUACAAGGAAUGGUUUGCACAACAACAAGCCCCCACUGGGUGCUACCGGAUGCACGAUCCAGAAGGCGAUGCAGGAGUCUUUCUGGGAAGUGUGAACCAACAGGGUGUAGCACAUGGUAAAGGUCGACUCGAAUACGACGAUGGUAUUACUUUUGUCGGGACUUUUGCCGACGGCCUGAUGUUGGAAGGAACGAACUAUCAGAAUGGACAGGCUAUACAUUCGAUGGUGGGAGGAAGGUGGACUCCGGGAAGCGAUUUUGGAAAUCCCGAUGAAACUGUGGUAUCAAGAUUUCCUCUGGAUACCCAUGAUAUUGUCGAAACGAGAGACGAAGAAGAAUAA